CCAGAACGAAGUGAUUGUUCCUGUUCUCUUUCUUAAGUCAUUUGAAACACUGUCCCUCCUUAUUUUCUAAAUCAACCACAGUUCCCUACUCAAGAAGUGACAGAGGCUGCCAAUUAGGAAGCAGGUACAGAACUUGGGCCACCAGAGCAGUGUCAGCAGCUGGUAAGUUAAACUUCCCAAUGUACUGAAGGUAACAAUGUGAAACUUUAAUAAAUUCAGGAGAUAUCACAGGAAAAUGCUGCUUUGGGCUGGACUACGCUCCAGUUUUCCAUUUACUGAAGCAAGCGAUCAGAGAUCUAAGAGACAGGAAGAUGGAUAAUUUCAGGAGAAAGGGAAUUGUUAAAAGUUUCUCAGUGUAUUUUAACAUUGCCAGAUUCUCUUAUUUUAAAGGAUUAUUCCUAUCCCCCAGCCACAUAAAACAAAAUGAGCAUCUUGAUUACAGGAUAUUAUGACCAGAGAUGAAAGGAUCUGUCAAUCUCAAUUCUUCUCUCAGUUUCUCAGUUUCCCUGUCUUAAAUUCAGUUCUCUACAUUUGCAGCAAGUUGUGAUUUUUUUAAAUAAAAAAAAUUCUCAUGAAAAUUCAUCUGCAUGUUAGUGUGAAUUUCUCCUAAUAGAAAUAUUUUUAUAUGCAGUUUUUACUAUUGCAUACUUUUUUAACAAUAUUUUUCUAAUAUAAUGCAUUUUUACAUGCUAUUUUCACUAAGAGCUUCAUUUUUAUGCACACUUUCCCCUAAUACGUGCAUUUAUGUAAAUACCAGCUGGUUGGAGAACUGCGUCACAAUGUUAGGAUAAGUGCAAAUUUUGAAGGGUAGCUGUGCUUUGGUUCACAUUUUUUUUUAAGUGUGAAUUUGAUACAUUUGGCUUUAAAUGGAAACUUAAUUGAAUUUCUCCUCUAUCACUAAUUACAUCUGCAUUCUUUAUAAGGGAUUGCUUGCCCCCAUAGCAGCACCAGUGUCCUUUAGUACUGCAAACAUCUGCUCUAGAAAAAUCUAAAUCAUAUAACUGUUUCACUGCUCUGAAACCACAAGUUGUUGUUCUUGUCGUUCUUGCUUUGUUGUGCCUCAAAUAGUGGGAAAGUAGAAAAGUUUUGGAGGCAUGGAAUUUAAUUCCCUAGUUCCUUUUGGGAGUCUAGUAGUAGGUAGCUGUUACACAGGCUCAGGAACUGGCUUGUUAUAUUUUGGUUAUAGUAGAAACCUAACCAUGAGUCAAGUGUGUAUAUGUGUGCAUUGUGUAUAUAUCUGGAAUGAGCAGGGGUAGGGUUGCCUUGCCUAGAAUUGUAGUAUGCCUUGAUUCACCUGCUCACAACAUCUGGGACAUCUGGGAAUUAUUAUAAUAUAAUAAUUAUAAUAUAAUAUAAUAUAAUAAUAAGAAGAAUAAGAAUAAGAAUAAUAAGAAUAAUAAUAAGAAGAAUAAUUUAUUAUUUAUACCCCACCCAUCUGGCUGGGUUUCCCCAGCCACUCUGGGUUGCUUUCAACAGAGCAUUAAAACAGAAUAAAACUUCAAACAUUAAAAACUUCCCUAAACAGGGCUGCCUUCAGAUGUCUUCUAAAAGUCAGAUAGUUGUUUAUUUCUUUGACAUCUGAUGGGAGCGCAUCUGCUUUUUUCUUGUGGCUGGCGUGUGAAGAACUGAAUGGUUUUUUGAUCCCUACUACUUCUGUGAUAAAGCAGAGGAUAUAAUAUGGGAACACUAUUUCACAUUUCACAUGUUAAUUCUUCACAUCUCAUGUGUCUUCACUCUUGAGAGUGUACCAUACCAGUGAACCUGCCGAACUGAAUCGUAAGCAGGGAUUUUUGGAACUCUGUUAUGUACAAAAACAAUUGCAAGCGGUUGUGUUUGUCUUUUAAAAAAGGCAAUAUAUUGAUCAAUGGUAAUAUUUCUCUCAAGGAAAUUAGAGUUUUAAGGCUGCAUUCCAUCAGCCUAGCAGUAAACCCUAUUCAACUCAACAGGACUCAAUCCUAUAAUGUAUAGGAUUGCAUUAUAAAGGCUUCAAGUCAUGAUUUUGUAGGCUCAGUCAUUAAUUGUGCCAUACCAGGAUCUUGUUAGAGGUAUUUUUCAGCUACCAAUUACAUGGUAAGAAGCUUAGGUGCAGUAAAAAUGUGACUUAAUAGAAAAGGCUGAAUUUAUGGGAGAUGAUGCAAUGAAGGUGUUUAAAAUAUGAGUAUGAAUUGUUGAUAUGAUACACAAACUCCAGGUAAGGGGCCUGUUGUAGGAUAGAGCUGUGUUUUCAUUACGGCCGUAAUCCUAUAUACACUCACUGUGGAGCGCAUCCCACUGAACCCAGCAGGACACUUACAAAUAAACAUGCAUAGGGUGGUGCUAUACGUUUGGUGAGGAUUUGCCCCAGAGAUCUAGCACUGAGUCUUUUCUUAAUGGAAGAAUGUGAUGUUGUUCAAAGCUAACCAGACUAUGAUGAUGAAUACAGCCAUCCUUAACCCAGUGUUUUCCAGAUGUUUCCAGCUAUGCCUUCCACCAGAUUCAGCUAGCACAGUCGUGCUGACUGGGACUGAUGGGAGUUGUGGUCCAAAACACAUUACCUGAUAUAUUAGAUAACAACAGCAUUAGAUAUUACCAAAAUAGCUAUACUGCUAAAGGGAGACUCACCCCUCUGCACUGAUUGUAUGGGAAGUUCAGCAGCCCUUAAAGGUCCGCCAUUUUGCAGUCUUAGAUCAAUGCCUUUUUAUUUGACUUGGGGCUCUUUUGCGUCUCCAUUUUUUGAGGCAGUUGGGUCAUGAAAUUGUAAGCCUCCUUGAAUGCUUCAAAAAGUGGGAAAAUCUCUCGGGGGCUUAGCUCCAAUGCUGUGACUCACAAGCCCAUCACUGCUUUUGUGUCAAUAGCUAGUGCAACAUUGGAAUACUAUAGAAAGCUUCCAUAUAAUGAAUCAAACCCUUGGUCUGCCUAACUUCAGUGAUGUCUACACUCACUGGUAGUAGCCCUUCAGAGUUUCAGAAGAGGGCCUUUCUCAGCCCUACCUGGAGUUGUCAGAGGCUUAACCUCUAGAACCUUCUGCAUGGAAAGUAGAUUGUCUACCACUGUGCUACAGCCCUUCAUACCCAAAGUGGAAGCCAUUUCCCAAAGGGAGCAGCUGUUUGCUGGCCUGAUGUGGCAUGGCAGUGCCACAAAAGGACAUGGUUAGUGUGGUCUGUCAAGCACAGGGCAGUGGUGGUAAGGGAGCAGAGGCCCAUCCUAUCCCCUUGCAGAGAAUUCUGUGAAUUUGUUUUCCUCAUAGCGAACACAGGGGCUCAAAGCAAACAGCUUAAGAACAUAAUAAUGUCCAGAUCAAAGGCCUGUCUAGUCCAGCAUUUUGUGGCCAACCAGAUGCUUAUGGGAAUCCCACAAGCAGGACAUGAACACAACAGCGCUCUCAUGUUUGUGACUGAUAUUUAGAAGCAUACCACAUAAUGGCAUAAUAGUUUUCUGGCUAAGAAUUUCCAUGUCAGUGCCUUUCCUCGUGAAGAAUUGGGUCGGUGUUGCGCUGAAGUAGAGCAAGUAAUUACCUCUGCCUUGUAGUUAAGGUUUAUGGUAUAAACCAGGAAAGGGAAACAAAUCGUAGAAUUGUAGAGUUGGAAAGGACCCCAAAUAUUAUCUAGAUUCUAGAACAAUCCCCUUGAGAGGUUGGUGGACUCCAAUUCCCAUCAGCCCCAGCCUGAAUGGCCUGUAAGGUAAGGAAGAUUGGGAGGAGCUGUGGCAAGGGAUGGGACCUACAUUUGAAGGGCCACAGGUUCCCCAUUUCUGGUAUAAAUGAUUCCAUGCUGGAUCAGAUCGAAGGUCCAUAUAGUCUGUUUCUCACUGCAGCCAAGCAGACAGGAUUGGUGUGUGUGUGUUUGCAGAUAGGGUAUUUUUUAUUGGGGGGGGGGGGGAGGGAUCAGUGAUCCACAUAAGUACAAGUGUUUUUGUAGUGUCAUAUGGCAUUGUCAGGGGAAAUGCCAGUCCCCAUUUAAUUUUUAUUUAACAGAAGUUGUACACCACUUAAUCAUAAAUAAUGCAAGUGAUUUACAUAAAAUAUAAAAUAUACAUUAAAACUAUUGAUAAAAAGCUGGAAGUUAAGAACAGGUUGACCUUAUGAAAAGUUUCAAAAUUCAGACAUACCCUUUCUGGGGAAAUCCUGAUAAUUAAAAAAUAAAAUAAAAUGAAAUACUCUGUUGCUAGUGACCUAUUUACAGUAUGAAAGCCCCAUCUGGAAACACCCUGAGAGUCACAGAACCAGUGUCAAAGAAAUGCAGGUUUCAUGCUAGAUCUUUGGUUUACCUUCUGAGUAAUCUGCUGGCAUUUAACAGGGCCCCCUCCCCCGUGAAUUCAUUUUAAAGGUUCAUAAGACUACUUGGUUGGUUGGUUGGUUAAUGGGCUUAUUUGUUCCUUCUAGUAAAAAAGAAGGAAAAGUGAGAGGGAGAAAAACAACAACAACAUAUUGCAUAUCAUUGCUUAGGUAUGGAUACUGGAAGAUAUAAAUAUAUUUAAGUAUAUUAAGAGUUUUCCAAAAUGUGUAGCCCCAGUUACUUUAGAGGUUAUACUGGUGUUGUGUUUUAUGAGACAAUGUGUUCUUGCUGGUAUUGUUAUAUUGCAUUUAAUAUUCAAAAUGUUUAAUAUUUUAAAAAUAUUUUUAUAUUAAAUGAUUUAUUAAAUAUUUCACGUUAGCUUGUAGAUUCUUGCAGAGAUUGUGACUAUUUCAUUCUGAAAAAAGAAAAAAAAUCUUCUGAAACUGGAGUGGAAGAUUUAGUGCCAAAUAAAAUCAGAGUAGCUGUUGUUUGAGGGGAAACAGCCCAUGUAGAUGUCCGUGCAGAAUAUGGACAGUUUCUAGGCAGAUCGUUCAUUUCCUGAUUUAAAACAUUUACACCCCAACACUGCACCUGUAAGGACCCAACAAUAUAAAACAAGGGAUUAAAGUAAAAAGAAAUCCACAAUAAAAUGAUAAGCAGUAAAGAAGAGCAAGCAAUAAAAGUAGAAAACCUAAAACGAUGCUGAAUAGCAAAAAGGGACAGAAACGUUGCACAGUCAGCCUGGAAAGCUUUCUAAAGAUCUGUUGUCUCAACUUGUUGCUUAAUUCAUAACAGUUUUCAAAUGGAUUUAGUGUUUGAAAGGUUCAGGGACCGCCUAGUGCUUUAUAUACUUGCUUGAUCACUCAGGUCUUGCGGGGAGUCCCUGUUAGUGAUGCGGGUGGCGCUGUGGUCUAAACCACAGAGCCUAGGGCUUGCCAAUCAGAAGGUCGGCAGUUCAAAUCCCUGUGAUGGGGUGAGCUCCCGUUGCUCGGUCCCUGCUCCUGCCAACCUAGCAGUUCAAAAGCACGUCAAAGUGCAAGUAGAUUAAUAGGUACUGCUCUGGCGGGAAGGUAAACGGCGUUUCCAUGCGCUGCUCUGGUUCGCCAGAAGCGGCUUUGUCAUGCUGGCCACAUGACCCGGAAGCUGUACGCCGUCUCCCUCGGCCAAUAAAGCGAGAUGAGCGCCACAACCCCAGAGUCGGUCACGACUGGACCUAAUGGUCAGGGGUCCCUUUACCUUUAGGCUCAGAUGCUCAUAUCCAACAGGAGCUGUGCAUUCAAUAUUGUGAAUCCAUUUAAAAAAAAAUUAGUUUAAUUAGAGAUUUUCCUGUGUCAUAAAACAAGCAAACAGGGAAAAGUACAUAUAGCACCUUCAUUUUUUAUUUAUAGAGUCUUUUUCACAGCUGGUUUACAUUUUAUAUGAGACACUAUCAUUCUAGAUUGCAUUCAGUUGGGGGGAGAGAGGGAGGGACAGAGAUGAGAAGGUAAUGUUCUUUUGUUCUAUAGCAUAGCGUUUGUGUAGAAUAUUGUGUCAGCAUCCUUUACGUUCCACCUUGCCCUUCGAGAUGAACCACAAACACCUUUGUGUGACUAAAUUGUUGCUAGAAGCAGCCAAAAAUCCCUGGCCCAUGCACACUUGGUCUGGCAUGGUGAACGCUUCCUAAAUUGUACUGCUUUGUGUGAUUGUUUUGGAUGGACGUGAUUGCUGCCUUGCUGAAGUCAUCCUGAGUCUUUCUUAUUUGUGUUCUUUAACAACGCUUAAAAGGGUUGUCACGUCUUCAGUUCCACUUUAGUAAUGUGGAUGGGAACUGAAUGAAGAUAGGAAGUGGCUCUUGUUGGGAAAAUGCCUCAUUCUGUAGUCCAAAUCAGCACCUGAAGGUAAUUUCCAAUAGAGAAGUGAGAUGUCAGCCAGCCUUUCCUUGUGCACAUCUCUGUGUGUGUACUUUGCUGCUAUUUCCAACUCAUUCAAGGUCAUGGGCAACUUGAGCAGCUUUCUACUGGCUUCCAGUUCCAACACCAUUAAUCAAAACAGUUAAAGAAAUGCAAACUUUAAAGCAAUGCUCCUUUGGUGCCACCCUGAGCUCGUUUGGGUAGAACAGAGGAGUUAGAAAUGUAACAAACAUACAUAAAAACUGCUAUGUGAGCAGCUCACCACAGCACUGCUUCUUUUGCUGCUGUUCCACUGUCCGGACUGGGAUGAGUCACCAACUGGGAACCAAAAGCCCAAAGAACAAGUUGAGAACAAAGCCAGGAGGCAGGACUGAAGGACAAGCCCAAAGGCCAAGCAAGGAUAUAGGAACAUUACAAUUCAGGUUUGCUGACCUCUCCCCACAACUGACUUAAUUUGUUUAUGUAGAUGAAGGAUGUAUGCAUAUCUAUUACUGGUCUUGAAACCCUUUCCAUUGGAAAGAAUGUAAACUUAUUUACAUACCAAUGCAUUAUCAAUUCAAGAAUACUUUUGCAUUUAUGAAAAUCAUUUUUUCCUUUGGGGAAUACUUUCUUUAUCACAUUUUCUUUCCCCCCUUAAAAAAAUACCCUUUAAGAAUACAACAGAAUACAACACCAGUGUUCUUCAGCCUUGUGUUCCAAGAUCAUUGCUGGACUAGAACUCCACCCAUCCCCAGAUUGUGUAGCCAAUGGGAAGGGAUGGUGGGAAUUGUAGUACAACAACAUUUGGACUCAAGGUUGAAGAACACUGAACUAGACAAUGGCAUAACUUGUGUGGUGUCCUUCAGAUGUUGUUGAAUUCCAACUCCCAUUAACCCUUGGCUGUGUUGGCUGGGCAUAAGGAGAGUUGUCAUUCAACAUCUGGAGGUCACCACAUUUAAGUCCCACCGUCUGAAUAUCCUAAACUCAUUUACCUGAGAGUAAGCCUUGCUAAACACAGAAGGGCUUACUUCUGAGCAACGUAAAAAAAAUUGUACUGAUUGUGUUCAGUAUGAUUCAAUAUUGUGUUCAAUAUUAUGUACUCCCAUAUAGAUUUUUGGGAGGGGGCAUUGAGUGACUGAGAAAGUUGUGGACCCUGUAGAUUUAUGCCUCCUUUAAAUCCACUCCAACACAUUCCUGAUCCACCCUCAACACAACGUCAUGAGCUGGUCUCCCAAAGGAGCCCACAGGGCAAGGCAAGUUAGUUGUUUCAGCACUAAGGAGAGCUCCUAGUGAGAAACUUGUUCCAACAAGUGAAGUUAAGUCUUUUGAGCGUCUGCCUCCAGUCCACCUCUGUUCCCUUUUAGAGGUCUAGAGUUUUUUAAAGAGCCAACCCUCUGACCAGAAGGUAGGCAGUUCUCCUAAGCUCCAUGUUCUGCAACCCGGUGUGCUUUUUGUGCUGUUGGACUGGUGAGGUACUGUGAGAGGCACAGGCGAAGGCACCCCGAAGGUCCUAGCUCUAAUUCUGAAGGCCCUGGUGCUUUGGGAUGUGGCUCAGUGGGCUCCUUCCUGCCAGUUUCUGGUUCAGUGGUCCCAUAAGUUUUAGGCUUGGGGCCAGAAACAUGGUCUGCCUCCUUAGUGGGUGACCCUGUAGACUCUGUCUCAGUAUCCUGGUCACUGCUUGAUUCUGGGGUCAUGACACAUUCUGCCCCUUUGUCUUUAGCAGUGUUGGAACUCUGACAUCCGUAAGGUCAAGGCUGCGGAGGUUUCCAUGGUGGUAGGAAGUAGUCUUGGAUAUCCCUUUCUGAUGUCAGACCAUCCUCAGAGAGGGAGACCUAAAACACCCAAUGGAUGAAAGAAGGGAGAAGUGCUGACCAGAUAAAAAUGGCAGAUUAAACUGAUGGAGUAUGCAGAGAUGGAGAGACUGACGGGAAAGAUCAGAAACCAGGAAGAUCAAGUAUUUCUAAAAGAUUGGAAUAAAUUUUUAACAUAUUUAAAAGACCAUUGUAAACAGUUAAAAUCAUUGGCAGGGAUACAAUGACACUUGUAAUAUGAAAUGAACUAUGGUAACUAUGGAAAUAUAACAGAUAGAUAAUGGUAAAAGAUGCAGAAUAUAUACAUAUAUAUAACCCAUGGAGGGAGAGAGGGAGGUCCGAAGGUUUGAAAUAACCUAUUAUUUUAAUGUUUUGAAAUGGUUAAAGUUAAAAUGUAUAAAAUUAUGUAAAACGAAUAAAACAUUAUAAAAAAGAAAAGAAAAGAAACACCCAAAGGCCCCUGGGAUACCCUUUCAAGGGUCAUAGGAUUUGCAGCCUUAGCAAAUUUUAUAUUGAUAUCAUUGAUUUCACCAAUACAAAAGACAACAUUUGAAUGUCAAAUGCUGGUUUCAAACUUCAAAUGGUUGCAUUUUUACACCAACAUUUGGACACUCAGCAACUUAUGAAAUAUAAAACCUUUCAGUCCAGCUCUGCUAUAGACCCGAAUAGACCAGUUCUUAUUAUAAUUGACCUGUUUUGCGGGCAUCAUGUGAACAUCAGACUGUAAGACCAUUGAUAACUAAAUUGCUAACUAAUUGUUAUUUUAAGGUUGAAAUUAUUAGUUUGAUAUUAACUGAGAGCUUUGUUUUAAACUGAAAAGUGGGCUGCAAAUACCUGAAAUAAGAAAUUAUGAAAUUGAAAUUGAAAAGUGUCUAAUCUCCAAACUUUUAAACCGGGAAUACUCAUGAUUUUAAAAGGUGAAAUACUCCAAUUGACUAUAAUUGCAGGCUUAAAGCCAAGUCCACCCACUUAAGUGCUUUGUGAAUUAGAAUUCUUUGGGACAGAAUAUGCAUCCCUAAAUAGACAGUCAGCAUCUUUUAUGAAGGAUGUCCCAGAUGUGAUGUGUGGAUAUCCUUGACACCUAUAUUUAAAAAUUGAAUUCUGUAAUGUUCCUGUAUGCAGACUUUAUUUCUGGAAGAACUUGGUGUGCUUGAUCUUGUGUCACUCAGAUAGCUUUUCCUAAUGUGAUAACAACUCCUAAGGCAUUUUGUGAAAAUAUUUGAGAUGAGCUAUAAAAUUAUUCUGAUUAGGCUGUGCUUCCCUUUGCUUCAUGGGAAAGAUAUGCUAAAGUUGCCAUCGCCUCUGCACUUGGUUCAGGGGGGCUUAAAAUCUCCAUGGAAAUGUCAGCAAUAGAAGGAUAGAGAGAACAGAGGCAGGAGGGGGUUGACUCACGGCUUCAGAAUUAAUUCCCUGUAGGCUGAAUAUGUGAAUGGCAGAUGUGUUAUACUGCAAGUGGCAUUUUACAUAUGACCAGAAUGGCAACAAACAGAGGAGAGAUUCUCAACCUGUGUGGCAAAGACUAAGAAACAAAUGAGAUCAACAGGAACUCCUGUACUUCAAAUGGCAAUGGGGCAGAAGAGGGGUGGAGGAGAAAUUCAAUUCAGGUUGCAUUAAACUCAAACUUUCCUAAUUUUCAUUUCCCAAAACAAUAUGCAAACUGAAACACAGUGUUUGGGACUUUUUACUUUAGAGGGAAGGCGAGUAAGAUUAUACAAUUGUGCGUGGCAUAGGGAACAUGGACACAGAAAAUGCAACUCUCACAACACUAGACCUCAUGAACUUCCGAUGAAGCUGAAUGUUGGGUCAGAUUCGGUACAGAUAAAAGAAAGUACUUCUUUAUGCAGUGUACAGUGGUACAUCGGGUUACAUACGCUUCAGGUUACAUUUGCUUCAGGUUACAGACUCCGCUAACUCAGAAAUAGUGCUUCAGGUUAAGAACUUUGCUUCAGGAUAAGAACAGAAAUCGGACUCCGGUGGUGCAGCAGCAGCAGGAGGCCCCAAUUAGCUAAAGUGGUGCUUCAGGUUAAGAACAGUUUCAGAUUAAGAAUGGACCUCCGGAAUGAAUUAAGUGCUUAACCUGAGGUACCACUGUAUAGUUAAACUAUUGCUCCCACAGGAGGCAAUGAAGGCCCCCAACUUGGAUGGCUUUAAAAAUGGGUUGCUGGAAACCACAAGAGAAGAGCGUGCUUUGUGCUCGGGCCCCACUUGUAGAUUUCCCUCAAAUACCUGGCUGGCCACUGGGACAAAAGGGCCUCGUCCAGCAGGACUCUUCUGAUAAUGUUCUUACAGUUCAAAAUUCACACUUCUCUGAAUUUUGCAAUGCCCUUUUCCAGCCAAGCAACAUGCACAAACAGACAUGAUUGUGCACAGAAACACAUAGUGAAAAAUGGCAUGAUUAAGGAAACACACACAGUAAGGGAAACUGCUUUUCCAUGUAUACGCAGACAAAAUUGCAUACCGAAAUGUGUAUAUUAGGCAAAAUUGCGCUCAAAAAUGUAUAUUAGAAAUUCACGCUAAAAUGCUGGUUAAUUUUCGCAAGGACUUAACAACAACAAAAACCACCCACUGAUGUGAAAAUGUGGAGAGUCAAAAUAGGAAAGAGGAACAGGAGCUAAUGUGACCGUAUAAAUUGUUAAUUCAAAUAUAUACCAGAGUGCUAACCACAACACAAAAGUCUCAAGGAACGCUGGCCAGAUGUUCUCGCAUUUCUCUUCUUUGUGGUCACGCUGAUACUUUGCCAGCUCAAGGAAGGACAGGGAGUGCAAAUCAUUAAUCCGUUGUUGUAUGGGAGGCAAUGACUUCUGCUUCCAGUGUUGAAGCACUAUGCAUUUUGGCUGACCCUAAAGCACUCAUUACCUAGUUCAUGACCCAGCAGUGCAUUUCAAUUUAUUUGCAGAACUUGAUAAGUAGUCAUGCAAACUUGCUUUAAAUAUUACUACUACUAAUAAUAACAAUGCAACACAGAUUUACAACAUCCCUUGCCUUUAUUUCACUGCUCUCCCCCUGCCAUGUUGUGAUUUUGAAUUAAAAGCAGUAUGUAAAUAGCAAUAAACAAACAGUUAACACCAAUCAGUUCCAAUCAAAUACGCAGAUGACUUCAGGAGUGGAGAACCUACAGCCCUCCAUAAGGGUUACUUAUUUCAUUUUUUAAAAUGUUUAUAUCUAUUGUGUGCUUUUAGUUGUAUGUGUUAUAAUUUAUGCCUUGAGCCAUCUUGGGUCCUGCACUGGGGAAAAGGCGGGAUAAAAAUAAAAUAAAUAAAUAAGUUGUUAGACUCCAACUCCCAUCAGCCACAGCCAGAAACGCCAAUGAUCUGGGGUGAUGGGGCUUGUAGUCCAGCAAUGUCUGGCAGGCUGCAGAUUAACCACCCCUAGAUUAAUUGGACUGCUGAUCUGUGGCUAUAUAAAAGACACUUAGGGCCAAAUUAGGUAUUGCCAAAGACUUCUUUGUCUUUUUGGAGGGCUUCCCCCUUCCCAAAAAAAUUCUAUAUGCCCCUGAUUUGAACUGAUUUUACCUUUGCCUCCCAUGCUGAUUUUCUGCUACAGAUUACACAUCCCCCAAACUGCUCUUACGAUGAAAGAGAAAACAAACAGGUUCCGUGGUACCUCGGGUUACAUACACUUCAGGUUACAGACUCCGCUAACCCAGAAAUAGUACCUUGGGUUAAGAACUUUGCUUCAGGAUGAGAACAGAAAUCGCGCAGCAGCAGCAUGGCGGCAGUAGGAGGCCCCAUUAGCUAAAGUGGUACCUCAGGUUAAGAACAGUUUCAGGUUAAGAACGGACCUCCGGAAUGAAUUAAGUACUUAACCCGAGGUACCACUGUAUUAAUAUGGGAGUCUGUGUCUUUUAAACUCUGAAAUUAACGGUUGUUUCAUGGGAGCCAUUUACAUACACCAAGGAACUGAUGUGGGGCUAAAGGCAAACCCCCUCUCUUUUUGCACUGUACCGCUGACCCCCAUCACUUUGCCCUUCUGCAACAAAUCUCAGAACUUCUCUUUCCUUUCUAGUUUAGCCCUCAGUAGCCAUUUCACUUUGUCAGAGACUUGCUUUGCCUGUGACAUCUUUUUUCAGUGCACUGUGGGAGUGUUGCUAUCUUGAGAAUAGGCCAGAGCACAUGCUUGGCAUGCAGAAAAUACCAUGUUCAUUCUUUGGCCUUUCCAGUUAAAGUAAGGAGCGCUGAGAAGGACUCAGGGGAGUUGCUGUCACCAGAGAUAGGAUUGGGCAAAAUGAUGACCCCCUUCUGUACAAGGCUGCCUCAUCUGUGGAUGCCAUCAGAAGCAAAUCGUCUUUUCUUGUAAUUUUAUAUCUCUGUAGGAAAGGAUUGUUUCUCCUCCCGCAAGUUUGGCACUUCCCUCUGUGGGAAAUAAGAGCCUAUAAUUUAAAGAUCCUGGGUUAUCUGCACACCUCCCACACACAGAGAGUUCAGCUACUUUUUCAUCUAAUCAUCUGUACCAUGAAAGUAGAGCCGACUCUCUAACUUUGUUCAAUUCUAUAACAGAUGUUGGUGCUGGUUUAAAGUUGCUCACGUACAGCAAAGUGAAAGCAAAUUCCCAUCCAUGCACAACACCAUUCCAAAUGGCGAUGGCCAUUUGAUGAGAUAACAAGAACCUAAGACAAACCUGCUGGAUCAGCCCGAUGGCCCAUCUAGUCUAGCAUCCUGUUCUCACAGUGGCCAGCCAGCUGCUGUUGGGAAGCCUGCAAGCAGGACAUUAUCGCAAGAACACUCUCCUCUCGUGGUUAAUUGCAACUGGUAUUCUGAGCCAUAAUGCCACUGACAGUGGACAAGGAACAGAGAAAUCCUGGCUAGAAGCCACCGAUAGCCUUGUCCUCUAUGAAUUGGUCCAAUGCUCUUUUCAAGCCACCCAGGCUGGUGGCAAUCGCUGCAGGUACUGGCUCCCGGUGGAGUACAGGGUCAGGUUUAAGGUGCUGGUUUUGACCUUUAAAGCCCUAUGCGGCCUAGGAUCCACAUACCUACGGGACCGCCUCUUCUGGUAUGCCCCGCGGAGGACCUUAAGGUCCACAAAUAACAACACUUUGGAGGUCCUGAGCCUCAAGGAGGUUAGAUUGGUUUCAACUAGGGCCAGGGCCUUUUCAGCAUUGGCCCUGACGUGGUGGAACACUCUGUCACAAGAGACUAGGGCCCUGCAGGACUUGACAUCUUUCCGCAGGGCCUGCAAGACAGAGCUGUUCCACCUGGCCUUUGGUUUGGACUUGGUCUGACUCUUAUGUUUCCCUCCCCUUAUGGUUUUGAUUUAUCAGCUACUUUAAAAUAAGGCUGCAUUUUAAAUUGCAUUUUAACUUGAAUUUUAAAUUGGUUUCCCCCCCUUUCCCCCUAUUAUGUUUUUACUGUGAUUUUAUUGGUAUUAGCCUGGCUCUGGCUGGGGAGGGCGGGGUAUAAAUAAAAUUUAUUAUUAUUAUUGAUCUACUACCAAGGGGUUAUGUGCACAACCUGGAUGCACUGGGGCUAGAAAUGGGGAGAAAUUCAGUUCACAUUGCAAUACAGGGUCUGCAAGCCUUGACCAGGGCUGAGGCUGGGGUUGGCAAAAUGGAGGUCCUUGCCAUCAGAGGUCUGACAUCUUCUUAAAACUGUAUUGUUCAGAUAAGUUCCCCCUCCCAACCCCCCAACCCCGUGAUUCUUUGACAAGCAGUUCCUACAGAUGAAUUUUAUGUUUUUAUUAUCUUUGUUGCAAUGCUGUGCUUUUCAUCUGCAUACCGCCUUGGGAUAUUUGGUAUGAAAGCACACUUUAUCAAUAUUUUAAUAAGUAAAUGACGCAAACUUCCCUUGUCCGCUCUCCCUGGAACAACACCCGAACCAAAGUACUGCCGCUAUCCUUCAAAGCUUGUACUCCUCUGAAUUUUGUGGUGCAGGCCCUCCGACAGAGGGUCAUAAAAAGAGGAGUAGCUGGUAGAGAGGUGGUGCUCAGCUGCCCCCCAACCCCGGGCACUGAUGUAAUUGAGACUAUGCCACCAAGGAGAGGGAAAGGGAUGAAGCAAUAGGGAAGUUUUCAUGGUGUGAAUGAAUCUGUGGAACCAGCCUGGUGCUCCCACCAAAGCAUCUCUGGUAACCUCCCUACCUUGCCCUUCUCCCUCGGAGUAAGACACAGCAACGCCGGUAGUGGGAGGUCAGGAAAGCGCUGCUGCCCUCGUUGCUGGCUACCUCUGUACAAAAAUGCAUCUUUGGGGAGGGGGCAGCAGGGGAAGACUGCAAAAAAAUAGCCUGCCAAAAUGUCUGUUUUGGGUAAAAUUGCAUACAAAGAUGUGAGCCUUGGGAGAAAAGUGCACUAAAAUGCUGCAAAUUUAUGUGGAAAUGUGGAGAGCUGAACCUAAAUGUGGAAAAACAACCAGAGAGAAACCCAAACUGACCUAUUAAUCUGUCCCUAAUUAGCACCUAGAGGUUUUCAUGUAGGAUCAGAAGUCUAUACCAAGGUCCUUACAGAGACGCUGAUUUAAUCAGGUGGAAGUCUAAUUUCCGCAAGUGAAAUUUGUUCAUUUUACGUUUUGCUUGGUCUCCACUUCCAAGUUUAUUUUAAUCUGAAAGAGUAUAUUUCUCUGUGGUUCCCAGGAUUCUGCUCAGUGACCUUAUGAUAUUGGCAUGUUGCCAAAUAUAACCUCACAGUGACAUUCCGGUCUCUAUAGGGCAGCCGGGUUCUAGCCAUUCUGCAGCUCUGGGGAGUUAGAACCUUGACAUAGCAUGGUGGCUUUGAAAGACUAAAGCAAUAGGAAUGAAUAAAAAUAAGACUUCAGAUGCUUUUUAUAGAAACAAUGUAUUUGGCAUGCCGCUGAUGUCAUAUAGGUGCUCAUUUUGAGCUGACAGGUUUGUCCUGUGUAAAAUAUAGAAGGGCAUUGUUGGCAAAUGAUGACAUUGGCAAUUAAGCAGGUGAAAGAACCCCCUGAUGUGAAUGGCUUUUUUCGGUCCUGCAAUAUUGCUCCUCAAGUAGAAAUGGAGACAAAGCUGGCAUCCACGUGUGUCAUGGAGACUAAUACAACUACCGUACCUCCCUUAGAAAUUGUUAACGUAGAUAUAGUGAGCAUUUCAGAAACUUGGUCAGAUUGUGAGAAUCAAUGGGAUACAGUCGUUCCUAGAUAUAAACUUACAGAAAGGAGGUUGCGCUGGCAGUGCUGCUGCUCAGUAUGCCAAAAAUUAACAAUGUAGUUCUAAGCACAUUUGCUCCAACAUAAUUUCCACUGAACUAUUGGUAUUAGAUAGGCACCAUUGUUGCCUACUUUUCAAUACUGUUAAAAACUAUUUUGUUUAGGCAAGGCUACAUAGACAUGCAAAGUGCAAGUAGAUAAAUAGGUACCGCUCCGGCGGGAAGGUAAACGGCAUUUCCGUGCGCUGCUCUGGUUCGCCAGAAGCGGCUUAGUCAUGCUGGCCACAUGACCCGGAAGCUGUAAGCCAGCUCCCUCGGCCAAUAAAGUGAGAUGAGCACUGCAACCCCAGAGUUGGUCACGACUGGACCUAAUGGUCAGGGGUCCCUUUACCUUUUUACACAGACAUGCAGUUUUAUUGUGUCCAAUUUCUUUUUCAAAUAUGUUGAUUUUUAUCUAUAGUUUGAUAAUUUUAUUGUUUAAAGUAUGUUUAUAUUGCUAUUCUUUAAAAAAAAUACCAUUUUAUGUAAAUUGCUUAGAGAUUAUUAUUAUUAUUAUUAAGUGGUAUAUAUAUCUUGUUAGAGAAACAGAUUUUUAAAAUGUGCUGAUUAGGGCUUAUACUAGUAUAGUAAGAGGCCUUAGGAUUGUGCUGCACAUCACAUAACUUUUUGUGUGUAGAAAUAGCAGACCAAAAAAAGCUGAUGCAGAGAUGGAAAAAAAGGAAUGUGGGGGGACUGAAAACUGAAAAUGAAUGACUUCAGUCAUCCUAAUGUUAAUUAGAUAAAUGUAUAGCCAGAUGAAGACAAAGAUACAAAGGGGAAAACUCUAGUACUUUUUAGUAGUAAACUGCAUUGAAUAUAAGAGAUCUACUUCUGAAUAACCACUUUAGGCCUGAAUGUCACUGACACUUGGGAGGAUGCUAUACUUGUUUUAAUAUUUAGCCGUGUCCAGAAUUUGGUUAAAGGUGUCAGUGUUAGCAAACCGCUUUGGGAAAGUGACCACAACACUUUCAAUUUCAAUAUAUAUGAAUGAGUGGGAAAUUGUCUAGAAAAUUCAACACUAUCUUUUAUUUUUUUACCAUAUUUCAAAAAGUAAAAAGGAGCUUUUUAAAGGAAACCACUAAAAUUGUUGAGCUGUUUUUAGGAAAACCAGAAAGUUGUUGAGCUUCUUUUAGACAAACCACAAAUUUAUUGAGCCUUUGGACGUCAAAUCCACCUUUGAAAUCCUGGUAAUGUCCAGGAAAAUCUGGACAUAUGGCAGCCCUAUUUUACCAAGAAGAGGAAAUUUCUAACAGUGAGGGGAUUUCUCAAAAAGAGGUUGGAAAGCGUUAGAGGAGUGUCAAAUUAUUUCAGGAAUCUUGGAGGUUGUUUAAAACCAUUAUAAUCAUGACUCAGACAAAACAUAUGUCAUAGAUCAGAAAAGUAUGAAUAUGUUUAAGAGGGUGCUGGUGUGGUUAAGUAACAGUGUGAAAAGAGUCAUGAAGGGGAAUAAUUUUUGCUUUUAAAAGUGAAUUUCUUGCCCAAGUGAGAAAAAUACAGUAAACAGAAGUGGUUGAUAAGCCAAUCAAAAAGGGAAUCAGCCUCAUUCCCAGAGAACUAAAGGGUAGCCAAAAUAGUCAGGAUUAAUACCAUAAAGAAAAAAAGUGGGCCAGCAAAACUGCAAGCCAAAUAACUGAGCAGCUAGAACAGCUUCCUUAAGACUAAAGCAUCAGAGACUUUAGUUUGGAAAAAAGAGGAUGGAGGCCAAGAAGGGGGUGGAAGGCAUGAUAAAAGCUCAUGUUAUAAAUGGUAUCAAUGAAGUCGAAAGACAACAUUCCCACUCUAUACCGCUAGAACCAGUCUUCGGGGAUUAUGGGAGUUGUAGUCCAAAACACAUACAGUAUAUAAUAAUCGUGAAACCACAGAAUGAUCAAAAUAAUUUGGUGCCCAUGACUAAGAAAGCCUUGCUCUCCAGGGUCUGUGAAGCAAGGUCUCUAUCAAAGAUCUCUGAGCCAAACUAAACACGGCAUUAAUUGUGUGAAUGCAGAUAACAUGCGCUUUGAAAAAUGUAAACAGCAGGUGUAGGUAAAGCUGAGAAGCUUUGUGAUGACAGAGUUUGGGGAGGGAGAGCUUCACCUUUCUGCCCUUACCAGAGUGUUGUUGUGAGUUUGCAUGCCUGGCCUGUGAUGAGUGCAGUGCAUACAUGGCAAUUUUGGCUGCCACCACCACUGCUGGGAUGUGGCCCCUGGAGGGUUGGCCACAACCUUGCAUGUGGACCUGAGGAAGAAAAAGGCUAGCACCCCCCCACCCCCACCCUGAUAUAUAGGGUGGAACAUCUGAGAAGGGAACGUGUAGCACUCAUUUGCAUUUCACAGUCCAACAAAAAACAUACAGCCACUGUAGCAUUGUGCCUUAUGUCUUUCUUCAAAACCUUUUUACAAGUAUUGGGGGUGGGGGUGGGGGGAGAAACAAGAGAGCACACCGUGUCCUGAGACAAUUUUAUUAUUGCUUCCGUCUUUGCACCAUAAAACAGUAACAGAACGUCGAGCAUAAAACGACUGUCACAACUAUAACACAGUUUAAAGAAUGAUUGUUCUCUAUCUAUUCCUUAGACACAAAUGCCUCCUGGAGCCUGUGCAGAUGCAUUUAAAGCAGAUUUGGCACAAAGGAGAUGAAUUAAUGUAAGUACAAAUCCUGCAGUAUUGAUUCUUAUGCUAAAUGCACAUUUCUUCAAUGGACAUUGUACAUUAGGGCAAAGAGCUAAUGCACACUCCAGGCUUGAUUUAAAUUGCUGGACAAAGAACAGCAGAACCCAGACAUUGAAGGACAUAUCAGAUGGCUUCAAAUCAGGGCACUGCGGGUGUUGAUUCAGCACCAGCAAGACUGCCUCCUGGGACCAGGCAGAAUCAGGUCACAGACACAUAGAAAGCUGCCUUAUGCCGAGUCCAUCAGGCUGAGUAUUGUAUUUAAUGAGUGUCAGCAGCUCUCCAGAGUCCUAGAGAGGGCUCUUUCCUAGCCCUACCUGACAAUGCUAGGGAUUGAACCCAGGACCUUCUGCAUACGAAGUGUGAGCUCUACCACAGAGUUGCAAACUAACAAUGAGUGUAGAAGUCUUCCAGGGUGCUUUAUUCCUCCUUCUGCUAGCAUGGCCAACCAAACUGCCUAUUUUCCUGGGAGUCCAGCCAGUUAGAAUUUUAAGGUCUGGCUGGACUGUCAUCUUCUUGGCUCAUGGGCAGAACAGGAAGAAAAAAGUCAGAAAAACUCUCCCCCCCCUUAGUGCAGAUGUGUACUGGACUGGAUAUGGGUGCUGCUCAAUGCUUGAAAGAAAUACAUUUCUGCAUGUUCAGGGCACUCUAGAGCGAACUCCCACCAUUCAAAUUGGAACUCUGGGGCUUCUACUUGAACACCAAAAGGCACCAAUCAUUAAAGUUAAAUAUGAUGUAAUGAACGAGAACAAGAGUGAAUUUUAAAACGUUUACUUUUUAUUUAAAGGAAGCUAGAGUAUGCAAGAGGAAUUAAAUGUGAUGAAGAAAGAGGAAGCUCCCUGCAAUAUGGAUGGCAUACAAACCCUUCCCUUUCCCCACUGCUUGGACCCUGUUGUGAAGUCAGACGUAGCUUCACCCCUCAAUGAAGAAUUCAGAGCACAGCUUGCCCAGUUUGGAUAUGGCCCUUCCCCUGCAGAACUGCAGAACUUCCAGGGCUCCUUAGAAGGGGGAUCUCGCAAGCGUAAAAGCAUGCCCACGAAAAUGCCCUCUGCCAUCUCACCAGGAGAGCCCACCUCCCCGUCGCACAGGUCUGAAGACAUCCCCACUGCAGGUUCUCCUGACCUCCCUUUAAUAUUCCAGCACCACCACACACAGCCAAACUACAAUGCCCACAUGAUUGACCUGUGCAACAUUGGCUUUCAGUUCUACAGAACUCUGGAACACUUUGGAGCACAGCCUAUCAAGGAAGAACCCAUCAAGCCUAAUGUGCUCUGGCCUGGACCUGCCCCAUUUCUGCAGGUGCCCUAUCCGUACUACCCUAAAGUUCACCCUUCUAUGAUGUUUCCAUUUCUUAUGCCCCCAGAUUUUCAUUUCAGGAGCCCUUUCCCACUGAAAAGGCCUCCGGAGCCUCCCUUCUCCAGGAGGACGGAGUUAGGGGAACAAGCUGAAAGUAAACAAAAGGUGGAGAGGGUGGAUGUCAACAUUCAGAUCGAUGACAGCUAUUACGUCGAUGUGGGAGGGGAACAAAAGCGCUGGCAGUGUCCCAUGUGCGACAAGUCCUACACGUCCAAAUACAACCUGGUCACCCACAUUCUGGGGCAUAGCGGCAUCAAGCCGCACGCUUGCUCUCGCUGCGGCAAGCUUUUCAAGCAGCUAAGCCACUUGCACACCCACAUGCUCACCCACCAGGGCACCCGGCCUCACAAAUGCCAAGUGUGCCACAAGGCCUUCACCCAAACCAGCCACCUGAAGAGACACAUGAUGCAGCACAGCGACGUCAAGCCUUACAGCUGCAGGAUCUGCGGGAGAGGUUUUGCCUACCCCAGCGAGUUGAAAGCCCACGAGUCCAAGCAUGAGAGCGGCCGGGAGAAUAUUUGCAUUGAGUGCGGCCUUGACUUCCCAACCUUGGCUCAGCUGAAGAGGCACCUGACCACCCAUCGAGGCCCUAUACAGUACAGCUGCACAGAGUGUGAUAAGACCUUCCAGUACCCAAGCCAGCUGCAGAAUCACAUGAUGAAGCACAAGGACAUCCGCCCGUACAUCUGCACCGAAUGCGGCAUGGAGUUUGUUCAGCCCCAUCACCUCAAGCAGCACUCCUUGACUCAUAAGGUAAGUCAGUGUCGGUGAUUCCUGUCGCAGAUAUUAAUAUUGUGCAGCUUGAAGCGACUGGAUGCCUAAAAAAUGGCUCAGGACAAGUUACUUGUUGUUUACUGUUGUAACAAUUGUUUUAUCAACAUUUAUCUUCUGUACCAUGAAAAUAAAACAGCCAAAAAAAACCCUCCACUGCCCUACAACUGGUUCUUUUUGGAGCGAAACAUCGUCCAGAGCCAUUCAAUAUUAUUCAAAACUUUACUUGCAGAACAUUCUUCAAAACAGAAUAAAAACAUCAAAGAUACACCCAAACAGUUCCAUAAAAUAUAUGCUUAUUCAAGCAUAGGUUCCGUCUCUUCUUAAAAAUAGCUUUAAACAGGAUUGAGAUCAAACCUUUGUCUCUCCUCCAUUCCCGCCUCCAUUACAGCCUGAGGCUGUGUGUUCCUGGAGAGCCAUUCACACAUCCUUACUCCAUGGAGCCUGGGAACAAAGAUUCUAGCUACCCCCCUUCCAAGAUGGCGGAUUUGCAAUUCAAUAGCCUCCCAUGUGAUCUAAAUUUAAACACCUCAUCAUAGCUACUAGAGAGCAUUUGUCAACUCGUGAAGCAGCUCAUAGAGCUCUUCUUGCUUUUCUUUAGCUUCAAUGGAAUUUUCCACUUAAACCCUUUCAGCAACACACAUAGGCAUUCUCCAUUUCAGUGUCAGUUAAACAAUUAUACUUAACAAUUCCCAACUGGUGGGCUAUAGGUACCUUAUUGGUGAGCUGCUAAAUGUACCUGCAUUUGAACCAGGGAUGGCAAACUACAACUCCUACCAUCCUGACCAUUGGCUGUGCUAGCUGGGACUGAUGGGAGUUGAAGUGCAACAACACAUUUAAUGAAAAGACAAGGAAAGGAUGUGGCAGAUGGUCAUUCCCACUAAAGUGAGAAAUCGGGAAUUGCUGUGCAGGUCUUAAAAUAGCUAUAUGUUUCAGUUUCCUUGCUGUUCUGUUUUUCAAGGGUGUGAAGGAGCACAAGUGUGGGAUCUGUGGCCGAGAGUUCACGCUACUCGCUAAUAUGAAGAGGCACGUAUUAAUUCACACCAACAUCAGGGCCUACCAGUGCCAUUUGUGCUUCAAGAGCUUCGUACAGAAACAGACGCUCAAAGCCCAUAUGAUUGUCCACUCAGAUGUCAAGCCCUUCAAAUGUAAGGUGAGUCCUUCAAAGACAGACAACCCAGUCGAACGGAAUGGCACCCAAGUAGAAGCCAGUCGAGUAGAAGGCAUGGCGAAUAAAAAUAGGAACGCCUUGCGUAGUAAAGAGCAAAAUUGUGAAAUAAUAUAAUGUCUGUAGGUAGAACUCUUGACUGAAUCCCCGUAGCUUCCAUAGUGAUUCAACCACUUGAAAACUGGCAAGUGAUUGUAUUGUUUUUAUUUAUUUGUACACCGCCCUUCAUCCGAAGAUCUCAGGUGGUUCACAACACAAAAGCACAAGAUGAAAACACAAAAUACAUAACCAAAUCAAUAGUAGUAAUAUAACCUGAGACUCCAUUUUGGCUCCUCAGCAGAAAAUAUGGGUUUAAUUAAUGAAUUGGUUAUGUAUCUUAUCACACUUUUCAGGAAAAUAUACUCGCAAAGUGGAACACAUAAAGCCAAACAACUUAUCAAAUAACUGUAUGAAAUCUACAUUGUGUUUUGUUUUUGUUUCAUUACAUCUAUGUCCUUCCUUCCUUCCAUUACUGAGCCCAGGAUGCUUCUCUGUGUGUAAAGGCAUAAUAAUAAAUUCAGUAGCUUUGCCACCCUUUCGUGAUGCCCAAGUCUGCUUUAUUAAACCUAACUGAACACUUAGUCCCUUAAGAAGAGGGAUAUUUGCAUAUUUGAGAAGAGACUAAUUCUUGACAGCUCUUAAGAGUUAAGACAACCUGUGGUAUUAUUCAUCACCAUAAAUGGGCCGUACCUAAAUCUUAAUAGAGUUUUCACAGACAAUAAAUGCUAAAAGAACCUUAGAAUUUGUUCCACAUCAUUGGUGUGAAUGCUGUUUAAGAGAGACAGAAAGCAAAAAGACAGCCAGUUUCCAGCUGAAUGUGUGUUUUGGUGUACAUACUGUCUUUUUGAUGGCAGGUGAAGACUUUUCACUUUUCCCAGACAAUGGGAUAGGUUAUAAUGUCCCAAAUACUGCUGGUGUUUGCAUGGAAGCUCUUUUUAAAAUUUUUGUGCAGAAGAGUCUGCUAACAUGUGGACAUCUAGAGCCAGAGUCAGGAAGUGUGUUUGAUGCCAGGGGCGGGACUAGGAGCGUUCCCCAAUGGUCAGAUCAUGCCACAUUUAGGCAAAGAGCAUGUGAAUGGGGUAUACCAAACAACAGAAUACCUCCAUGCUGCUUUUUAAUGUUUUGCCACUUUUGGAACGCUGGCUUAGUUGUGUUCUUGUUUUCUUCUCAUGCCCUUCGUUGAAAUGAGGAAGCUUUGAAGCUCAACUGUUAGGCUUGAUCCUUUUUUUUAAUUUCCUUUCUGUUUUAUUCCUCAUCUCGAGAUUGCACUUUCACAGCACUUAGUAUAAUUGCUCGUCUGCUGAUGAUAAAUAUAUCUGACAUUUGCAUAGCACAUUUCAUCCCAAAGGGAGGUCAAGGAUGCUUAACAAUUUGAUAUACUGGCUAAACACAUGAAUCAAUCCAUGCGUGCGGAAGGUUUUUUUGUUUUUUUUAUCAGAACCCAAUACAAAUGAUGCUCAGACCUUAAGGCUGGGUGUAUAUUAACAAGAUUGGAUAGGGUGUUAUCAUAUUUCAAACAGGAUAAAGGAAAUUAGUUAAACUCCCACUUAAUCUGCAUUGCAGGGUCAUAAAAAUUAAACUCCCAGAAUUGGAUAUCUGCUGCUUCAUGAGACUAGCCAAAGCUUUGCUCUGAGCUGCAGGAGAAGAACACAUUGGUGCAAUCCUGCACUUUAUCUUCAUUGCUCAGCUGCCCCCUUAGUUGGCAAUUCCCUCUAAGUACACUGCUGCUUCAUCCCAUAUUAUUUGCUAUGGCAGCCUUUGCCAACCAGGUGCCUUCUAGAUAUUUUGGAUUAUAACCCCCAUGAGCCCCACCCAGACCACUGUAUAUGCAUAGACUAUAUUGCUCCAGGGAUCAGCUGGAAUGCAUUCUUUCUGUUGUGUGAUGGAAGAGGCACUCACAACUUCUGCAUGAUCCACAGUUUGGAGCCAUUUGGGAAGUGAAGCAGUGUCUAUGCAGGGAAAGUAUAUAUUAAGAGAAAGCGAGUGUAAAAAUACAUAUAUUUGUGUGAAAACAACAUUCAGAAAUGCAUUAUAUGAUGUAAACUUGCUGGGCAAAAUUGCAUGGGAAAAUGCGUAUAUUAAGGGAAAUGCACACUUAAAUGGUGGUGAAUUUUUUUGAGGACUUAAAAUAAAUAAAUGCAACCCUAUGCAGAAAACUGCCAAGCUGAAUUUUAGACUGGGAAACUGAAAGAAACUGGAAUUUGAAUAGAUCUGUACAUUCCUAGACCCACCCAGCAUGGCUAGUGAUGAAUAAGGAUUAGAGUUGUAAUCCAACAACAUCUGAAGUGCCCCACACACCCCUUCCCUGCACCAUAAGAAUAUAAGAAGAGCCUGUCAGAUCAGGCCCAUCUAGACCAGCACCUUCUUCCCUCAAUGGACAACCAGAUUCCUGCGGGAAACCUGUAAGCAGAACCCAAGGAUAAGAGAACUCUCCCCUCCUGUUGUUUCCAGGAACUGGUAUUCAGAAGCAUUAAUGCCUUGAUCUAUGGAGGAAAAAGGGACGCGGGUGGCGCUGUGGGUUAAACCACAGAGCCUAGGACUUGCCGAUCAGAAGGUCAGCGGUUCGAAUCCCCACGACGGGGUGAGCUCCCAUUGCUCGGUCCCUGCUCCUGCCCACCUAGCAGUUUGAAAGCACAUCAAACUGCAAGUAGAUAAAUAGGUACCGCUCCAGCGGGAAGGUAAACGGCGUUUCCGUGCGCUGCUCUGGUUCACCAGAAGCGGCUUAGUCAUGCUAGCCACAUGACCAGGAAGCUGUACGCCGGCUCCCUCAGCCAAUAAAGUGAGAUGAGCGCCGCAACCCCAGAGUCGGUCACGACUGGACCUAAUGGUCAGGGGUCCCUUUACCUUUACCUAUGGAGGAAAAACAUAGUCAUCGUGGCUAGUAAUAAUCAAUAGCCUUCUCCUCAUAAAUCUGUCUAAUCCUUCUCUUAAGUCAUCCAAAUUGGAGAUCAUCUCUGCUUCCUGAAUGCAUGAGUUCCACAAUUUAACCAUGAGCCCUGGGAAGAAAUACUUUCUUUUAUCUGUCCUGAAUCUUCAAGCAUUCGUCUUCAUUGGAUGUCCACGAGUUCUAGCGUUUUGCGAGGAGAAAACCUUUUGCGCAUUUUUUUUAUGAACUUCUAUCAUGCAACCUUUUCUCUAAAACAUGCCCAUUUCUCGGGGAAUAAAAAUACGCCACUUGUAUUCCCAGCACUGGGUUCAUGAUAAAUCCUGAGCGUCUUGUUCCAGACAGGCAGCUUAUAAAGUGAUAAAAUAAAGGAAUGGCUAAACAAAUAAAUCAGAAGGAAAACAAGGGAGCGGAGAAUCAGUUUUUCGAGGCUCUUCCUCUCCUGGACUUUAAGAACCUCCUAAGGAGUUUGGGCUCCAUUAAGCCUCUUUGGCUGGCAUUCAGUGAGUUAAGGCAAUGACCAGAUAGCCGCUGUUUUGGCAACAGGCUCCUCCUCAGCAGAAGGAAGGAUAUAGCUGUACGAACUGCUUGCUUAACAAUGGCCUGCAUGUCCCCAGGGAAUGGCCUGCAAAUAGAUUUCAUCUUGCUUUCUCUUGUACUUUUCAGAGCUUCCUGUUUUCUCACGGCCCUUUUGGACAGUUUACAGUCUUUCUCCUGCUCUCUCUCUCUCUUACUUUCAGGAAAGGAACACCCUUCUUAUUAAACCUUCUUUAAAAAAAAAAGAAGGAAAGAAAGAAAAAAGGCUACAAAGGAAGGGCAACACAGCAGUGGCCUUUCUGCCUCAUGGCAGGCUGCAUUUUCUUGGCCUUGUUUCUCAGGGAAAAAGAAAACACCCGUCUUUCCUACAGAGCUAAUCAUGGCCACACAGAACCCAUACGUGGCUUGAGGGGAGAAGAAAGUCUUUGCCACUCAUGUAUCCUCAGCCACAGAGCUGUUUCUCCCUCAGAAGCACUCCUGUCCACUGUCUUUUGGGGCAAGUCAAUCUAGAUGGCUCAUUUCUUUAUUUUUUAAAAAAACCUCCUUACAACUUUUGCUUCCGAGUAAAGGUGGUGCUGUGGUCUAAACCACCGAGCCUUGGGCUUGCCGAUCAAAAGGUCGGCAGUUCGAAUCCCCGCGACAGGGUGAGUUCCCGUUGCUCGGUCCCUGCUCCUGCCAACCUAGCAGUUCGAAAGCACGUCAAAGUGCAAGUAGAUAAAUAGGUACCACUCCGGCAGGAAGGUAAACAGUGUUUCCAUGUGCUGCUCUGGUUCGCCAGAAGUGGCUUAGUCAUGCUGGCCACAUGACCUGGAAAAACUGUGUGCAGACAAACGCCGGCUCCCUCGGCUUGUAAAGCGAGAUGAGCUCCGCAACCCCAGAGUCAUUUGCGACUGGACUUGACUGUCAGGAGUCCCUUUACCUUUACCUUUACCUUUACUAAAGGAUGGGGAAGAAAUUGGAUCCAGUUCAUGCUUAAAAAGGCAAACUUUCCCAAUUCACACCUUACAAAACAAGGUGUGAACUGAAACCCAGUCACUUUUUGAAAUUUGCACUUCCCCAGAUUUUGCUGUGCAGUUUUCCGGCCCAGCAAUGUGUGCUCAUUUGCACAUGUUGAAUACAAAUAAUGCCAAAAAAUAACAUAUAGUGUAUUUUAUUAGGGAAAAUUGCUUUUGAAAAUGUGCAUGUUUGGCAAAUUUAUGUAGAAAAUGUUAAUCUUAGGAGAAAUUUGUGCUAAUAUGCUUAUGAAUUUUCAGGAGGAGGUAUUUUAAUAUAAAAGUUGCACAAACUGAUGUGGAAAUUAAGAUUGGAAAAAUGAGAAACUGAAAGAAAUUGAAAUUGACCAAUUUGCUCAUCCCUACUUGCAGUUUUGCUAAUACAAGGCUGCCACUGAAGCAGCUCUGAAUCACAUGAUAAUAUUAUAAAAUCCUUUGCCAUUGACUCACUCCUUUUGUCAAUGCUGCCAAAGACUUGAGCUUUCCACCUUGAAAAUGAGUUACAUUCAAUCACUGUAACCUGGUGCUAAGUUAGGUGCUUCAAUAUUUUGCAAAGCUGCAGUCCUUUGUUACAGUUUCCUAAAAAUUCCAAAAAUCUAUUGAGCAAGUCUGUAGCUAUCUUAUAUUAAGGUUGUAAUAUUGUAUGCACUUCCUUGGGAGAUUUCAAGGUGGUUUACAAUAGAUAAACACACACACACACACACACACACACAUGCAUAAGAAGUGCAACAAAACCCAUGUCAAAUUAUUUACCGGGGUGGGGGUGGGGGAAUGAAACAAAUUUUCUCUAUAUAAGUCAGAAAGCAUUCUGAGGCAGUAUAAUGUAAACGUUCAACCAACAAAAUACACAUUGUUCAUACAACCACUCCAUCCAUCUUACUUGCUGUCCAUUCCAUGCAACCACUUCAGUCAUUCGCUACCUCAUGCAUUAUGUCUGCCAACCAACCAGCCUUAGAUGAGCCACUUGUACGCCAAGAAUAUUACAAUCCACAUACAAAUGAUUGCAGCCAAGCAAACACAUGUAAGAUACUCUCCCCACUAAUGUAGUCAUGCCCUUACACCCAUUGGACCAUCUGAUACUUCACCUCCAUCUCUGAACUGAGAAGAGCCCAGUUCUAUACCAGAGCAGGCUCCUCACCCUGGGGUAUAAAAGCUACUUCUACCCACUCCUAACUACAUAAUCGUAUCCAACAUGGUACUGCACAACCUCAGUUCCUGGUAAAUAACCAACCAGCACUGGUGGCAGACACAGCUAACGUAGCUGUAAAUGUGUCUUGAGUUACGCAGUGUGGACAUACGUCAUAUUUGACUGUCUAAUCCUAAAGAAAAAGAACUAGAACGUGGCAACUAUGAUAAUUACUCAUUUGUGAUAGACCUGUCCUCCACAAAUUUAAAGCCAUCCAAUCCAGUGUCUGGCAAUGAAUUACACACGCAGUGGUGCAUCCACUGUGGUAGUAAAGAAAAUCAAAGACAGCAAUGAAAUGGCGGUGUUGUCCUAACAAGAGCAAAGAGGGAGAUCCCUGGCCGCAUCCUGCUUUAAAUAAGGCAGGCCACACCCCCAGAGCCAGCCGAUUGGCUGGCCAGGAGGUGACGCGCCCGGGUUCUAGCCACCGCGUGCAUGGUGGGGCCGUGAAGCCCGCAACACCACCUCCUCUGAAGGGCAGAAGUGGCUUUGUCUCACUUUUGUCAAUCCCCCCCCCCCCCCGUUUUUGCAAAUGAUGGGUGCCCAUCAGGCUUCAUAGCUCUUUCUCUUUCCUAGUUUUUAUGCCCUUUCAUCUCUGCAUGCUUCACCUGCAUAAGAUUCCAUAACUGUUUUUUAAAUUUUCAUUGUUUGUUUCAUAACAUGAAUUCUGGCCAUGUAACCGAUGCUACAUUUUGGUUCGUGUAAUUUUAGUUAUCUGACUACAGACAUAUGAUAUACAUGUAUGUAUAUGUUACAGCGUCAAUGUGCACUCUCUCUGUGUGUAUGUGUGUAACUCUAAGCAGAAGUGACCCUUUUUUCUCAUUCACCACAUGGAUCACCUACAUAAUCCGAAUUGAUCAAAAUCUUAUUUUGCUCCUGUGCAUUUUUAACCCCACCCACUCCUCCUGCCAACAAGGAAGAGGAGGAGGCCAUCUGCAUGUUGUCAAACACAUUUUCUCUCCAGCAAGACUUGGUGGGAGCUGUUGCCAGUCCUUACAAAAACUAGCUUCCUCCUCCAAAAAACAACAACAAUUUAACUAAAAUGAAUAUGAAUAAUUUCAGUUUCCUAUGCCCAACAAUCUAUAGAGAGAUUUUCUGCCAUAAUGUUGGAACCUAAGGUGAAGAGUGGGUAAUAAAUGUAUAAGCAAUAACAUGCCAAUAGUCUUUUCGUCUUCCUUCCUUCCCAUGACAUUCAAAAGUUUUGCUUCACAACAAGGGCAAAUAACUGCAUGCCCAAGAGAGCAAAGAAUGACUUUGGGUGGGGCUGCUCUGGGUCACCACCACAUACAGAAGCAUGACCAAAUCUAGGAUUAAUGAAGAAAUGGAGGCGUUGUGAUGCCUGAAGAGGAAGUACAUAACCUUCCUCUUCAUCUGUUUUAUUUCCCUGCAGCAUUCCAGACAUUCUUUCCCUUGACAAUAGGGGUCCUGAUUCUGGCCACAUUCAUCUCAGUUUCAUAUGCCAUCUCCUGGAAAGAGGCAGCUCUGCUCUGAGGAUUAAGCCCUGCCUGUAUAUCUGAUUGAAUCUACGAAAUUCCCUACAGUCCCAGAGGCCAUUUAAAACACUGCACUGCAGCAAACCUAGGUCUUCCCUCAAGUAGCCAUAGCUAGAUUAGCAGCAUUUGCUUUAAAACACUUGCUUGUUAUAUUCGUAUUUUGCAUUUUUUGUGAUGCGGUUUUAAAAUCUUAGUUACCGUACUUAGGUGCACUUCCAGUAGCUCCUGUGCAACUUUCAGCCUCAUCCUCAGUGAGUGAGCAUGGAAGGCCAUUAGCCCCUACAGGGAUGUCCCAAGGCACUUUGCUGCCUGACGCAGAGGACAAGAUGGCGCCCCAUUCCAUAUUCCGAAGAUGACUGGGUCAGCAGUCAAAUCUUGAUUUCACAGUGGUAACAUGAAUAGGGGCUCGAUCCUUUAAAAUCUUGCCACCACUCCCCACCCCACGACAUCUGGCACCUGAGGCAGCUGACUCAGUCUGCCUCAUAUUAGGGUCAGCCCUGCUAUCCAGAAGCAAUGGCUGGAGCUAUCCAGCAGCUAUAGCUGAAUUUUGGCCUGUUAUAGAAUUACUUCCAUAAACUGGGUGCCUGGUUAAAUCAAGUUUUAUUUAUUUAUUCAUUUAUUUAUCAAAUCUAUAUGCUACCCCACCCCACCUCAGUUCCUUGUGUUAGACUUGGGCUGUGUACACACUAUACAUUUAAAACACAAUUGAAAUACAUUCCUUCCCUCUGAGAACUGUGGACACUGUAGUCUACCCCUCACACUUACAACUGCCAGCAACCCUUAACAAACUACAGCACCCAGAGUUCUCUGAGGGGAGAAAAUGUGCUUUGAAAGUGUUUUAAAUGUACAUAGCCUUACACCGAUGUGGGGCCUAUUCAUCCAUAAACCCAGCUUUAAGGGAGGGAUGGGAUUGUUCUCCUGGUGGUUUUUAGGAAGAAGAAACUAUUCGGAUUUCCCCUGUAAGCACAGUCUAUGAUAAGCUGUGGAACUCUCAAGAAGCUGUCUCAGCAGCAAGGGGUUCUAUCUCAAGAAAAUAAAAUGAUCCCUGUGUAUCUGCAGAAUAAAUCACUUUGAUUGUCAUUGGUCUUUUGACAGCUGUGCGGAAAGGAAUUUAAUCGAAUGCAUAAUUUAAUGGGGCACAUGCACUUGCAUUCAGACAGCAAGCCGUUCAAAUGUCUCUACUGUCCCAGCAAAUUCACCUUGAAGGGGAACCUCACCAGACACAUGAAAGUCAAACACGGAGUGAUGGAAAGAGGAUUUCGGUCUCAAGGUAAAUGACUAGCAAACUAGGCUGAUUUUUGCAUUAGCUUUAACAAUUCCAAACUACUUAUACAGUAGCAUCUAAAAGGCAGUUUGUGUGUCUGUGUAAACCUAAUUGAAGCAGACCUUGCUAAAUAAGAGAAUGGCUAGCCAAGUCUAAGGAAGAAAGACAGACCCAGUUGUGUCCUGUUGCUGCACAGAUAAAAGAAGACUGCAUGACCCGGAAGCAAUUAAGGGUCAGAGUUCAUCACAUAACCUGCUCUGGUUUUUCAGGUGUUGAGAUGACACUUAAAGGGUUGUCUGCUAUUGUAGUAAAUUAUUGCAAGUCAGGCUCUGCAUUGUCAUCUCUUCGGUUCAGGACCACAGCAGGCUUGAUGCCAAUAUUGCGUUGUAAACUUUUAAAAAUAUAUCUUGCAUUUUAUGUGAAGGAAAGCAACAUGGAUUUUCACCCACUCGCCAUGCAAAGGAUGCUACUGUAUUUAUGCUCCGUGAAUUGCUGCAGCUAUAAAAUCAAGCUGCUAGUAUUAUUGACACCACACCGCAAUGCUUGGCUGAGGUAGCUGGAUUUGACCAAUAAAACUGAAUGGUCUAAAUUGACUCCCAAAUGUUAGAGCUCAGUCUGCUUUGUAGAUUUGCCUACCUGUGUAAUGAAGGUGGAUGUCUAAAUGGAUGUUCUGAUUAAGGCUGUCCAAUAACUUUAGGAGUCGGACUCAGGAGUGGCCAGGAUGGUGCUAUGGAGCUGCCCUCCCAAUAUGCUGCUGCUUAUCUGGAUGGUGUAGAGUGGCAACAAGGCAAAGACUGUGUAGUCACAGCAGUGGAGCCAAUCCAGCACUCCUGCCAGUGUAGUAGUGGUAGUGGUAGUAGUAGUAGUAGUAGUAAUAAUAAUAAUAAUAAUAAUAAUAAUAAUAAUUUAUUUUUAUAUUUUAUAUAUACCCCGCCCAUCUGGCUGGGUCUCCCCAGCCACCCUGGGCGGCUUCCAACAAAUUAUUAAAAUACAAUGAUCUGUUAAACAUUAAAAGCUUCCCUAAACAUGCAGAACUAUGGCAGAACAGGUUACAAAUAUCACAUUACUGAUUCUCCCCUCCCCACAAAUCAUACAACUAGGCUGCUUCAGCCCAACCCAUGGGAUUUCAGACUUAAUAAUCCAAAAUAUUAAGACUUAAUUUUUUUUAAUGGGGAGGAGCCCUAAAUCCCACUUUCCCUCUUCACAUUGGUAUGAUGUUCACAUUGCAAAUUUAAAGAACACCUUUGGGAAUUACUUGUUGAACAGAAAAUUAAAGGUGUUCCACAACCAAUGCAACCAUGACACCACUGCUGUGCUUUCAUAUGUCAUGAAACUGGGCCUUUUCCAUGGCAGUUUAAGCUGGUACUGAGUACUGCUGGGACAGAUGCUGUUUCCUCUGUGCUAGGGAUGCCAAGCAGAUCAGCAGGAAGCCCCCUUACCUCCCCCCUUCCAUUAUUUGCAAGAUAAACAGAUAGAAACAAAGGGACACAAGCUGAAAUAUUCAUCCUAGAAUCACAGCUCUGAGUUAUUUUGAUUAUAAAAUGGGUGUAGGGCUGCAAAUAUAUUUGCUAACACAAUCAUCUUUUUUUUAAUUAAAAAAAAACUCUUAUAGGACAUGGAAGGGAACGAAUAAGAACCUCACAAACAGAUGCCUCAAGGAGCCUGGAACAGGAAGAACCCUUUGACCUUUCCCAAAAAAGCCAAGGGAAAGGACUUUCAUUUCACUCUGAUGGGGAAAGUGCCAAAGGAAGCUCAUGUCAUGAGGAAGAUGAAGACAACUGCUAUGGGGUGGAGCCGCAGAGCCCUGCCAUGUACCACAGCAGCAGCAAGCAUGAUCUUUCCAGCCAAUCAGGACUCAAGAUGAAAGACUUCAGAGAGUCCUAUUGUGAUGAGAAAGAGAAAAUCCUGGAUUCGAAAUGUGAGGAGAGGAAAGAGAACAACGGGAACCAGAGCCGAGGAGAAAGAGACUUUGCAAAUAAUGACGGGAGGCAUAUGGGCUUUAGCCACUUUGAGAAUAAUAGACUCACUCAGUCUCUCUCUGACUACUUGUAUUUUCAACACAGAAACAAGAGUUUGAAGGAGCUGCUGGAAAGGAAAAUGGAAAAGCAAACUGUUUUUCUGGGUAUCUAAAAGGACACAUGUAAACCUAGUGCUGGGAAAGAGAAGUUCCUUCAUAGUUUUCAUUACCAUGAGCUGUAAUCUAACAAGACUGGCAAAUGAUGAAAAAGAGAAUAAGCAUAAAUAAUUUUAGGCAAUUUUCAUCCGUCAUUCACUUGUCCCUAUUUUUAUACAAUAAUGUCAUAGAUAAAAUGAUGUCAUAUAUAGCAAUCUAGUCUAUAAGCUUCUUUCCAAUAAUUUCCCCCAAAAUUCUGACCUUUUCCAUGCAUGCAGCAGAGUGAAAUGAACAAGUCCUGGAAUAGUGGAAUAGAUUGCAUAUGAGGCAUCAUGAUUUGAAUGUUCUCCUGGAUGUGCUGUAACCUUUUGUGGUUGUUGUUUUAUUUACUUAAAGAUAUUGGCUAUUCCAUAUUUUUGCUCUAACUUUAUGGUGUUUUAACUGUCAGGUGUACCUUACAGGACUCAAGUUCUGCUUGAGGAAUUCCCUUGGGCAUCUGGUUGGCCACUGUGAAAACAGGAUGCUGGACUAGAUUCUUCUUAAGUUUUUAUGGUCAAUGGGCAUUUCAGCUUGCAGACCUGUGAGUGGCUUUGCAUUCCCUCACAGCAACACUGCUACAGAUCUACCGUACCGUUUAGCAUUCUUCAUGGGAAGCCAUGGUGGUGUGAAACCAACAGAAGUCAGUAGUGUAGAUAUGGCCUUAGAGAAACAUCUGAAGUGCUCAGCAAAUUCAGAAUGCUUUACCUAAGAGCAGGCGGUACAUAAGAUAGAGAUUCUGGGAAGCUAAGUAGGAUUCUGCAAGGUACAGCAGAAUAGAGCAGACAAGUGGAAAACUCAAAGGAAAUAUUGAUCAUAGCUCAUGAUGAAAGGAUGUGGCUAGGACAACAAAGGAUAUCAGUAACAUGAUGAUCAAUUAACAAAUGGGUUUGGCCUUAGAACAGCUGACUCAGGAGAGUUCAGAUGCACUUGGAGACUGGUAAAAAAUAAAGAUCACCUGGGUCCACUGUAAACCGCUAUGCAAUACAAAGGCAGAUUUCUAAUUAUUUGAAGUAUAUCAACAUUUUUUAGGAUAUCCCAUUAUGGGAUAAAAGAUCAGGCAGGUCCCAAUUAAUUUUAUUAUGAAUUUACUCUGGUUAUAAUUUUGUCCCUUACUCCCCUGCUCUCCUCAACAUGUUAUUUCUAAGUUAUUUGUCUCCGUCUGUUGCAGCCUCUUCUCUUCUCUUCUCUUCUCUUCUCUUCUCUUCUCUUCUCUUCUCGAGACCUUUGUGCUGGUUCCAGUUUCUUUGCAUCUUCCUGUUUCCAUAGUGUUGCUGCAUUUGGCUGCUGAUCAUGGGUAGGGAACCUGCAUCCAGGUCCCCUCAGCCCCAGCCUUCAUGUCCGAUGGUCAGAUGAGUUCAGAUAAGGUGGGAGUUCCAAACAUCUGGAGGGCCACCGGUCUAUCAUCCCUGCUGUAGACGGUGCAAAUCUGAAAAGUGCAAUUUAAAAUAUAGUAUUUAUUAUGCCAAGGAGAGUAUUUAAUAAAGUCUUGCCAGGUGUACAAUAACACGUUGCGUCUGCUUAGCUGAAUAGGAAAUAACAGCAUUAACAGCAUGUAUUCUUGUAUCUGUGCAUUGAUUUGUGUGUGUGUGUUUUAAACAACACCUGACAAGUGGGAUCCAACCCAAAUUCCAGUAUAUUUCUUGAUAGCCAGUAGCUCAUAUGAAAUGUUACAUGUCAAAUAUAUUUUGUUAAUUUAAAACAAACAAAUAAAUAUAUAUCAAAGGUGCUGCUGUAGUUUGCAUC